GGGUGAUUUAGGAAGUAUAAAAUCCCGACCGUACUGUAAUUAUCAAAAGAGAAGCCAAGAGAGGGACAGAGGAAUAGCCGGAAGCCAAACUCAAAAAACAACCCGUUAAACUUGAAAAAGCCUUCGUCUUUGGGAGCUUCUGAGUCCGAAUUCAGCUGGGUCAGCUUCGCCUCCACCCCUCCAACUAAUCCCGUAUUCUCAUUCCAACCGAAACCCAACCAUCCAUGGAUGAACUGGUGCGUGCUAGCUGAUUCUCUCACCCCACCACAUUCUUAGAAACACAAAAAGGUGCCUACUUCAAGCUUUAGGGUUCCAAUUCUUAGUCCUCUUGUUUUCAUUCUGGUUUUCUCAGUUUAAAAGCCUGCAUUGUGCAUUGUUAGUUGGACCAAAUCUUACUGGAAUCAUGGGAAGUACAUUUAAUCCGCAGAUUUUAGUGGAAAAGCUAGCCAAGCUCAACAACUCGCAAGCAAGCAUAGAGACUUUAUCACAUUGGUGCAUUUUCCAUAUGAAUAAAGCAAGACAAGUUGUUGAAACAUGGGCUAGGCAAUUUCAUUCCGCUCCACGUGAGCAGAGAUUGGCUUUCCUCUAUCUUGCAAAUGAUAUUUUACAGAACAGCAGGCGAAAAGGUUCGGAGUUUGUUGGUGAAUUUUGGAAGGUUCUUCCAGAUGCUCUUCGUGAUGUAAUUGAAAGUGGAGAUGAAUUUGGAAGAAAUGCAGCACAACGACUGGUUGGUAUAUGGGAUGAGAGAAAAGUUUUUGGCUCUCGGGGUCAAAUUCUCAAGCAAGAGUUUGUAGGAAAGCACCUGGAAAAUAUUAAUAGAAAUGGGAAGCAUUCGGGUGCCAGACUGAAUCAGCCUGCUGGAACUGCAUUGGACAAAAUAGUUUCAGAUUACCAAGUCAUAUAUGGGCAGAUGGAUGAAGACACUGUAUUGAGUAAAUGUAGGAAUGCUAUUAGCUGUCUUGAGAAGGUAGAUAAGGAAAUUGGUGGUGAUUUCAAUUCAGGGCAAUUUCAUGGAUCUGCAUUUGUGGAGGAGGUUCAAGGGCAGCAUGCUGUACUGAGGGACUGUAUUGAACAACUAACAGCAGUAGAAUCGUCAAGAGCUAAUCUUGUGUCGCACCUGAGAGAAGCUCUUCAGGAGCAGGAAUUCAAGUUGGAUCAAGUCCGAGACCAACUUCAGGCAGCACAAUCCCAGUCAGAGCAGGCCACUGAUAUCUGCCAUCGGUUAUUGAAUGGCAACAAUAUGCAGUCGGCAGCACACCAGAGCUCAAAAGAAGCUCAUACCUCUGUAGCACCCCACAGCUUUAUGGCGGUAGGUAGAGAACAAUCGGCUCCAGUAAUGUACACACAGCAGGUUCCUUUUCCCGAAAAAUCUGGUCAUGUGGAGGAUGAUCCCCGCAAGUCUGCAGCUGCUGCAGUGGCAGCAAAGCUGACCGCAUCAACGUCCUCAGCCCAGAUGCUCUCUUAUGUGCUCUCCUCCCUGGCAUCAGAGGGUGUUAUCAGCAAUCCAAUUAAAGAGCCUUCUGGUGAUUAUCCACCCGAAAAGAGGCCUAAGCUCGAGAAUGACCAAUCGUCAUCUUAUGUACCCCAGAGCUCUAACCCAUCUCCAUCUCCUCCCAUCCCGCAUUCUAUUGUCCCUACCACCAACCAACAAUAUACUCCUAGUGAGGCACCACCUCCUCCAUCAUCUUCUCCUCCACCAUUGCCACCAUUACCCCCAGUACCACAAUACCCGGUGUCCCAAUAUAUGCAGGGCGCUGUACCAUACAGCUAUAGCAUGGCCCAACAACAGCCACCACCCUCAAUGCCUGAUUACCCAGCAGGAGCUCCAGUAAAUGGCAUUUCUCCCUUCAUGGCACCAGCAAAUUCUUAUCAGAGUUUUCAGGGUUCAGAUGGAAAAUUAUACAACCAGCAAUCAUCGAUGCAAAUGACGCCAAUUUCUAGGCAAUAAAAUUCUCUGUUUCAGAAGAAGGGAGAAGGUUCUGCUGUAGGUGACGAGGAAACUCAAUUGGGAAAGAAAAAAAAAUUAGUUAGUGAAGCUUCCCUUUCUCCCUGCAAUGUGCCUCUAAUUAACUACCUAAUUAGAAAUGCACAUAGUAAAUGUCUGUAACUUAGUAUUUUUCAGCUGCUUAAUUUUGUGGAUGUUAAAUGUUCAUUCACUGUUGAAUGGAGAAAAAGGAUAUGUUGGUUGGGUUUUAGGGUAAAAUUCAGAUACACACACGCCCAAUGGAUGAAGUUUGGAGAGAUUUUAUUAUACAAGUUUCUGUAGUUUACUUCCUGUGACAUUGAUUCA